GCAGGAAUGCCGCGAUUAGGCCUCGCGGAUUGGAAUAUAUUACCGGCUCUCCAGCAGCUGCAACGCGCCCGUUCUGCAAAUAAAUCAGCCGGGGCACCGUCCCGGGACACGCUUACAAAUUACACGAACUCCCGAUGACGACGCCUUGCAGUGGUCUAGCUGGCUUCUGCAUGCAUAUUCAGGAUAGAAAUCGUCUGGAAACCUACGAGGAGAUAUCGAGCGAACAAAACGACAUCGACAUAUUUGCUAAUCUAACGUUUCGUUUCUCCUGCAAGGAUAUGCCGUCCGGCUUUUACGCCGAUAUGGAUUACAAUUGCAGGAUAUUUCACGUUUGCGAAAAUUCAGGGGAUGGAUUCCCAGUGAUCUGCGGUAACGAUACAGUGUUCGAUCAGAAACAGCGGAUAUGCACGGACGAGGAAAACACCGAUUGUCAGCACGCUCAUGAAUGGUACUACCUGAAUGAACUAUCUUAUUCUACGGAAAUCGAAUCGAGAACGAUCACAGAAGAAAUUACUGAGUACGACGAGUCGAAAGUAGAUCAAGAAGAUGUUGUGCCUUCAGUUUUACCACUUGUGAUUGACUAAAAAAAACAAAGUUCUUAUCUUGCAUUGCGUUAUACAUUUGUGCGUUUUAUAUAUUUCUGAUACGCAAAUCAAGCUAUUAUACACGCCAAGUGAGUUUGAUUGGAAUUCAUAAAUUUAAUUUUUCGGUUCUUGACGCGAAGUUACGGACAAUUAAUUACUCUCCAACGCAACAGUUUUGAAAGAAAUUGCUUUAUUCUUUCUCUCUAACGCCAGUUUAUCGGUGGAAUAAAAAUUGAUACAUUAUUUAUAUUUGAUCGUCGUGAAAAACGUCGGAAAAUAAUAUUUAUAGGAUUCUAAGGUAAUAUCAUUUUGCUUUUGUAGUAGUUCAACGUUCUAGCGAUUGCGUGUGGCAUGAUCUUGACUCCAGUCUCUUUUAUGCUCUUGUUGCAUCCUUGCGCUUUUGCCGCAUGCAACGCGUAAAACUGGCGAAAAAUAAAAGAAAAAUGAGAGGGGGGAGAGAAAGAGAGAAAGAGAGAGAAGACCUUCAGCAUGGUAGUCCAGAAUAAUCUCAAGUCUAUUCCUGACUGUUGGCUUCUCAAGGUUCUUGAAAGUUGUAGGGCCAGUAUUUUCGAUAUCGAUGUUGCUGCCCAUGUAAACGCAUGCAUAAUUUUAUUAUAUUUAUUAUUUACUUCUUAAAGCAAUUGUAAGGAGAAAAAUCUUGUACCUUGCUUACAAAUGUUCUCGUGAACUAAGCGAUAAAAAAAUCUAAAAAAUUGACAUGCUGAAAUUACUUAUAAAAGAAUUUACGUUUUAAAUUUUACGCAAUUCUUAACAUUUCUUAUUCUCCUUUCAAACUUUUUAAUCGUUUCAUUUUCUGUCAAAUAAAUAGAUGCAUUAAAUUUUUAAGAAUUUAAAUGUAAAAAAAGUUGUAUUAAUUAUUUAUCAUAUAAUCUCUUUUGCAAAACUUUAUAACAGUAUUAAUAUUAAAAUGCGUAUUGUGAAAAUAAAAUAACUUGUUGAAAUUAAUUAAUUAAGCAUUAUUUGUAAGGAACAACAGCCACCAAAUAUACAAGGUAGAUACAAUUCAUUUAUUUUUAAUCAGACAUAAUUAAAGGGCAUGUCAGUCUUACAAUCUACGCUAGCAAUUUUAUUUAAUAUUCUUCCUGCGAUACGACUAUAUGACAUAUAAUUUUUAAUGCCGUACUUGUUAUAUAAUCUUCAAGAAAAUAUGAAAGUGUCACCCAUCACCAUAAAAUCCCAUGACAAUGAAAUAAAUAUCUCCUGCGAAA